AUGAAAAAAAAGUUUAGUCCAGUUGUCGAUUCAAUAAUUAAACGAGGUAUGUCGAAAGGUGACCAUCAGCCCAGAAGAUUUGCGAGAAUAAGUAAAUGUCUCCCUCAAUACAAUCCAAAGCAGAUACGCAAUCGUUGGAGAGAAAAGCUUGAUCCAAAUCUCUGUCAUGAUCCUUUAAGCGAACGCGAAAAACAAUUUAUUAUUCAAUGGAUUUCAAUAAGUAAGAUGAAACAAAAAAACGAUAGGAUUUCCUGGGUUUGUUUACGUCAUGAUUUGAAGACCAAGUUUUAUAUAACUCGACCGGAAAAUGUACUUAAGAAUUAUUGGUACUCUCGACAAAGACGAUUAGGAGAACCCGCUCGAGAAGGACCUUCCAACAAACCUGCAAUUCCUUACCUUUUGAAUUAUUAA